AUGAGGAAGUCGGCAUUGAAGUUGCUUCCGUUGUAUGUGCUGUUUGGUCAGCUUGUAGCUCUUUUAAACUCUUUUACGGGAGUGUCGACCACCAAAUUGAUCAACAACAACGCUAGCUAUCCAGUCCUUCAGUCCCUAACUGCAUACGCAUUCAUCUUCACGUUCUAUGGCCCACUGUACCUCUUUCUAUUUCUUCGGCAUCGACAUGAAACGUUCAAAAACUUUACGCUCCUCUACAGGCCAUGGAAGUACUUUUUUCUUGGGCUUGUAGAUUCGCAGGCGAACUUUGUUAUUGUGAAAGCUUUCCAGUACACGGACCUUGUCUCGGCUCAGCUACUUAUCUGCUUUUCCAUUCCUUGUGUGCUUGUUUUGAGCUACUUUAUCCUCAAGAUGCGGUUUUCCAUAACCCAUAUAACUGGGUGCGUUGUGGCAACUGGUGGUCUGGUCCUUCUUAUCCUGUUAGAUGCUGACGGUAUAUCCCGCACUGAAGUUGGUCCGAAUGCCCUUAAGGGCGAUCUCUUAUGCCUUCUCGCGGCAAGCUUGUACGCCGUGUCGAAUGUUUUCAUGGAGUAUUUAAUUAAACCGGGCAAUUCCAAUGUUCAGUUUCCAAGUGCCGGUGGUGGCUCGACCCCCCGAGACCGAAUAGCUGAGAGUAAUUGCGAAACAACCAUCAACGAGCACAAGCACGAGGGCGAGACGGUAAACGUCUCCCCGCGGUUGACCGCAACGGAAGUCGCCGGGGAGGGGGAGUCAAGGGACGUACCAGCCUACAUACCCGUUAUUGAAAGCAUAUCUUUCAUGUCUUGUUUCGCUCUUGUUAUAGCUACUAUUCAGUUUUUUGUUGUUGAGUGGGACGGUUUCAACUCGCGAACGCAAGUGUGGACUUCCGAGGACUGGCUCUAUCAGAUGUUGUUUGGUUUUUCGAUGUUGCUUGUGUACACUGGCAUCCCAGCUCUGUUCUUCAUGAAAAGCGCAGUCUUCGGUAACGUAUCUCUACUGGCGACAAGUGUAUACGGGAUCAUAUGGAAUGUGGUUUUUUUUCGCAUUUACCCCACGCCUGUUUUCUUCGCAGCCUACGUCUUGAUUAUUAUCGGUGUCCUUGUGUACGCCUUGUCGGACGUUCGUUGGAGAUGGUGCCCGCGAGCGAACUACCCGUGCGGUGAUACGCCACUCCUCGCAAACUCCGAUGCGACACAACGAGGAGGCGAGAAUAUGGAAAGGAGCUUAGCAACUGGAAACCGCAACGGGCUUCCUUGA